AUGGUUUUUCGCACUUUCCUCGCCCGUUUUCUUCCCUCCUUUCCCUUGUCCCCGACCGCCGACGUCGAAAUGGACGCACCGCCUUCUCCUUCAAAUAUGGACGUCGACGCGCACCAGCACACCUCAUCUCCCUCAGAUUCGCCCCUCUCCUCACCCCUUUCCGUGCUGUCCAAGUCUCCUUCGAUACCUUCGUCUCCCGAAGUUGAUAUGGACGCGUCAAAACGAUAUCCGUCUCCGACCUCUUCCAUGCCUUCGGGCGCACAGUCACCUGUAAAGCUAGAAGCUACCGACGACUCCUUGCCCGCCAUCAAGCUUGACGACCCUGCCGACUCUAUCAAUGUUAACUCUAGCGACGUCAACGAAGGGCAGCCGCCUCGAAAGCGGCGCAAGAUCACACCUCCCAAGGAGCGCACUACCGAACACCUUGAUUUAGACAGUUGUGACGUGAACGACGAAAAAUUAGCGCGUCUGGUCUCUGCACUCAAGAAAAGGAAGAAAAUUGUUGUCAUCGCUGGUGCUGGCAUCUCGGUUUCUGCAGGCAUCCCGGAUUUCCGCUCCAAAAAAGGCCUCUUCGCGACAUUACCCAAUGACCACAAGAUGAAGGGCUCGGGCAAGCACCUUUUUGACGCGUCCGUUUACAAGCACGACUCCUCCACCGAGAAAUUUCACAAGAUGAUUUGCGACUUGUCUACUAUGGUCAAAGCCGCCAAGCCAACGCCCUUUCAUCACCUGCUUGCUUCCCUCGCUCAUGAGAAGCGGUUACUCAGACUCUACAGUCAAAAUGUUGACUGUAUCGAUACAAACUUGGGACCGCUGAAGACAGCUGUUCCCCUUAAUAUUAAAGGACCCUGGCCUACGACCAUUCAGUUACAUGGGAGUGUCGAGCACAUGGUUUGCUCAAAAUGUACCGACAUUAAACCUUUGGAAACAGAGCUUUUCGUGGGUCACGAGGCUCCACUAUGUGAGGAGUGCAAGACUAUUGAUGAACUCCGAACUCAGUUUGAGCAAAGACGCAGCCACGGUAUUGGACGCCUGCGCCCCAGAAUGGUUCUCUAUAACGAAUUCAAUCCCGAUGAAGAGGCAAUUGGAAAAGUCUCAAGCGUGGAUCUAAAGUCGCGUCCAGAUGCGGUCAUUGUUGUCGGCACUAGCUUGAAGAUUCCCGGCGUUAGGCGACUCGUCAAGGAAUUGUGUCAGGUGACCCGUAGUCGCAGGGAUGGCUUUACUGCAUGGAUCAACGUCGAUUCCGAACCACAACACAACGAUUUCAAAGACUGCUGGGACUUGGUAGUACGUGGGAAGUGCGAUGAUGUCGCUCAUUGGGUCGGCUUGCCCCGGUUUGAUGAGCCUGCGUGUGAAGGCAACCCGUACCUCAGUGAAGAGGACGAACUACAGCGCAAGGCCAGGCUUCUUAGGGAUAAUCUCGAGGUGGCGCUCACUUCCCCCACACCUGGAUCACCUGGCAAAUCCGAGUCGGCUACUGUGCCAGAGACGAAGAAACGCAAACUUGUCGACCCAGUUCAGAGUAUCCCAACUCCGACGGCGAGUCCCAAAAUCAAGGCUGCCGAGGCUGGAAAGAAGGCUGCUAAGCCCAAGCAAAGUAAGCUUUCAUUUGGUGGUCAGCAUGUCGCUUCAGAGAGCGACGCGCCAGCCAAGAAGGCCAAGAAGACGGCAGCCAAGAAGCCUCGCAAGCCCAACGCAAAGAAAUCCGCCGAGCCUCCGAAAAAUGCACUCAGCCAGACAUUCAAGACUCAGAAGAACCGAGAACUUGCCGACAUGCCCCAGGAGACUCUUGCUGGCAAGUUGGACAACCAGCACUACAAAUACGUCGAAGAGAAACCCAGUUUGCUCCCGCCUUUGAGACCUGAAUCUCAAAAACCGGCCCAAAACAUAUAUUAUCCACAAAAACCGGCGGCCGAACCUUUUCAAGACGAUUGCGCGCUACCAGCAAAGCUUCCAGGGAACAUCUCGCGUCCCUCACUGACAGAGCGGCCCAAGUCUUCAGCCGGCAUAACGUUGCAAAGCGUCAAAAACUCUGUACGCCCAGCAACACCUAAACAUGAGCGAAGGAAAUCUGCCGAUACGAUCUCACCCCAAUCUGUUCCUAGGGGUAUGGAAGGGCUGAUGGAUUGA